UGAAAAAGCUUAUUCUAUUCCGAGUUCUCCCAAAACCCUAGCCUAAACCUCGUCUCCUUCUCUCUCGCGAUCGAACGCAAUGGGUAGAGGACCGAAGAGGCCGAGGAAGGCGAUGAAGAACGCUAAGAAAACCCGUGCUGAUGAUGGCGAUGUAUUCGCGGGUGGAGCUAUGGACGACGAGAUCGACGCCUAUCAUAGGCAGCGCGAUGUGAUUCCGUUGGAUCCUAAUGCCGGUGAUUAUGAUUCCAGCGAUGCGGAGCAGCCGGUGUUCAAUCUUGGGGGGGACAAUAUUGAUGACUCUGAAAGUGGCAGCAGUGACGAUGAUGAGGAUGAUGACAUAGAUGAUGAUAUUCAGCCUAAUAAGUUGUCUGCAAAGAUUGCAAGGACCAAAAAAUAUUUGAAUCAGAAGUUUGGGGGGUUUGAUGAUGAAAUGCAUGAUGAUGAUGAUGAAGAUGAAGAGAAAGAUGAGCAAAGAAAGGCUGCUUGGGGUGGAAGGAAAACCUGGUAUUAUGAUGCUGACAAUGCUGACUAUGAGCUUCAAUCGAGUGAUGAGGAGCUCCCUAUGGAGGAAGAGGCUGAGGCAGUAAAGAUUCAGAAGGAGAAAGCAAAGUUUCUCUCAUUGGAAGACUUUGGCCUUGAAGAGGCUGAUGAAGAUGGAAGUGAUUCUGAUGCAAAGGAGAAAAAACAGAAGGCUGUUUUGGAUGGAAAAGGGAGUGGGGCAAGACUUAACAUGGAUGGCUUUCUUCAAGACAAUACCUUAGAGAAUUUUGAGGAGAUCAAGAAAGAUCUUAAUUCCUUGUCAAAAGAGGAACAAAUGGAUGCGGUUUAUAAUUCUGCUCCUGAAAUAGUGGGCUUACUUUCUGAGCUGAAUGAGGCACUCAUGCAGCUUCAAAAGGUGGAACCUCUUGUAUGUGAGGUGCUAGAAAGAAGAGACGGUGCUAAGGGAAGAAUGCACUAUUUGGAGGUCAAACGGUUGUUGUUACUGAGUUACUGCCAGGCAAUAGUCUUUUAUCUCCUUCUCAAGUCAGAGGGCCAUCCUGUUCAGGACCAUCCAGUUGUGGGACGUCUGGUAGAGAUCAAGGCUUUGAUGGAACAGAUGAAACAGAUUGAGGCAAAGCUUCCUAAUCAAUUUGAUAAAAAUUUUAUUCCGAAUGCCAGAACUAAACCAACAGACAAACUGGAGCAUCAACCUGAGGUGGCAAAUGUGCCAAAGAAAGCUCAUGAAUCACUGGUGGAGGUAUCAAAUCAUUUAGCAAGCGAUAGCUCUCUUCAGAAAAAUCACAAUAAGCCUAUAAAUCAGAAAGAUCAGAAUGAUCGAGUUGGUUUUCAGAGUAUGGAAAUGCUGAAAGUGAGAGCAAAUCUCGAAGCAAAGUUGAAACAGAAGGGUUUAUUUAAUUUUACAAAUUCAAAGGAUGAGAGUAAACAAAAGAAUUCCUUAAAGCCACUUAAUAAACGUCUUGAAACACAAGAUGAUUUUGAUGAUGAAGUGCAACCUGUAGCGAAUGGUGGAACACACAGCAUCAGUAAACUCUCAAAGCUCAUUCCUAAUAAAGGAAAUAAAUCAAAGUUUGUUUCUGGUGACGAUGAUGUGCCCAUGAGAGAUGAUAUUGGAGAACGGAGGAGGAAACAUGAGCUUCGGGUCCUGGCUAGAGCUGGAACUGUUUCCAUGGAUGAUGAUAUAGGACUUGAAAACCAGUCCGUGGAUACUGGUGCUCAUGAGGAUGAUGGAACAACAGACUCAGAAGAUGAUUUCUAUAAAGAAGUGAAGAGACAACGGACUGAAAAACUAAGUGCUAAAGCUGAGUUGUAUUCAAGAACAUCAGUGGCACCAUCACCUUUGGAGACAGAAGUUGGUGGGAAACGACAAAUCACAUAUCAGAUUGAGAAGAACAAAGGAUUGACUCGUCAUAGGAAGAAGCUCACCAAGAUUCCACGCAAGAAAUAUAAGAUCAAGCACCAGAAAGCAGUGAUCCGACGGAAAGGCCAAGUUCGUGAUAUUAGGAAACCUACCGGUCCAUAUGGAGGUGAAGCUAGUGGAAUUAACACUAACAUCAGCCGCAGUGUUAGGUUUAAAGGUUGAGUUUGCCAACAGGAUUUCUCCCUCCUUUGCCGGAGUAGAGGUUUUACUACACUGUAUGUUAUAACAUAUUAACUUGGAUUGUUGAUGUUUUAGUCUCAGUAAGUUCCAUGUGAAAUGGAAUUUACUAGAAAAAUUUUGUUAGUUCAUGUCCUGCUACGAGAUACCAAUCCUUUUUGUUAUGUAUUCUUUUUUAUCAUUUGAUAUGUUCAUUUGAUUACA